GCUCGAGUUGGUCGGGUGAAUCGAGCAAUCUAAAUAAACGGUUAAAAAUCGAAUUUAUAUCGAUAUAAAUAAAAAUAAUAAUCGAACAUCAAUUAAAAACACAAUUUAUUUCGGUUUGAUGUAUUUUCAGUUAAAUACCAUUAAUGUUCCGUUAACUAUUUAAGUACAGUGUAAGUGUAGUUUUAACUACGGCAGAGUUGAUAUUGAGGCUUUUUGGCUAACAGGACUAUGAGAGAAAAAAAUGAAGUGCAAAAUGGUUGUGGAUUAGUGUAACGCUAGAUGUGCUUUAGUGACAAAGUGCAGACAAAACUAAGUGCUGUAAUCUGUUAGGAUGGCGGAUAACGUCGCUUUUGAUGAUGAGAAGCUGGUGGUCGGGAGUCCAAACCAACGCAAUUGGAGGGGUAUCCUAAUUGCUCUACUAGUGAUAGUGGCUGUGUUAGCCUUGAUUGUGACCUCAGUGGUGCUACUUACUCCGCCUGAUGAAGGUCCGAGAGUAAAAGGAAGAAGGCUGAAGAUACAAGACCUUUUGAAUGAAGAAUUAGUGCCUGCACGAUGGAAUGGGACGUGGAUAUCCGGUGACGAGUUCGUGUAUCGGGAUCCCUGGGGCGGCAUCAGCCUUAUGUUCGCAGCAAACCAGACAUCGAAGACUCUCAUGCCGAAUACCACGUUUAGGGUCCUGGAGCCGGCGUCGUUCUCACUGUCAGCAGAUCGCCGGUUUCUGCUACUCGCGCAUGCGCCUCACAAGCUGCAUCAGUACUCCUACCUAGCACGGUACACCGUCUAUGAUAUACUCACAACGGAGUCGUACCCGCUAACACCGCUACCUGAUGACGUCGGUGGAGGGGUUAUAAGCGAAGGUCCUUUCCUCCUCUUGGCCAUGUGGACUCCUAAGGGCCAUGGCCUCAUCACUGUGAAAGAUUACGACAUCUUCUACCGACCAGCGCCGAGAUCUUCAACAGGAUAUCGGGUUACAGACACGGGUGUACCUGGUAGAAUCAACAAUGGUGUCCCGGAUUGGUUGUAUGAAGUGGAAAUCCUCAAAUCUCGAUCAGCGUUGUGGAUGUCUGCUGACGGGCAUAUGGUGCUGUACGCGACCUUCAAUGACAGUCUGGUCCACGAACAGAAAUACCCGUGGUAUGGUGCAGCAUUGGACACCGAUGACCCGGCCAAGACGUACCCGGAGAUCAGAAGUGUAAGGUAUCCCAAACCUGGUACAAAUAAUCCGACAGUGAAACUUACAGUGGCGGAUAUUGCGGAUCCCAAGCACAUCCGUACCAGACACCUCACACCGCCGAAAGCUAUACUUGAGGAGGGGGACUACUAUUUUACGAGCGCGCAAUGGGUAUCCCUCACAGAAGUGUGCGUGGUAUGGCUAACCCGUGUACAGAAUCUAUCCGUCGUGUCUGUGUGUAAAAGCCCUAUGUGGUUUUGCCAAGAGGUGUACAGAAUAUUUUCGGGGACAGAUGGCUGGGUGGAAUCCGCCCCAGCGCCCUUAUGGUCGGCAGGCGGUGGGGCCCUCGUAACUCUAGCCCCAAUCAGAGACGGACCUGCUGGUCUGUUCCGCCACGUUGUGAGAGCAGAACACAACGCACACGGUUCGAGAGCGCUGCCACUCACACAUGGGAGCUUUGAUGUUGUCAAGUUAUUAGCGUGGGAUCACGCUAACCAGCAUAUAUAUUACUUAGGGACACCGGAAGGGAAACCAGGUCAACAGCAUCUGUACAGAGUGUCAUCUGAAGCUCCUCGGCCUGGAACUCCUCAGAAACUGCCGUACUGCGUCACGUGUAAUUCACAGCCUUCUCCAUCAAUUAAUCUAGAAUUCUACGGCAACUUAGCGUCAUCUGGCGAUAGCGCUUGGGACAAUGACUGGGACGAAGAUAUGCCUGCUACCAGUACGUCACCUUCGCCAUCCAAGAAAAAGAAAAAAAAGCAGCCUGAAAGUAUACCGCAGAACCUUCCGUGCCUUUUCCACGAUGCCCACUUCAGUUUGUCUUCGGCGUACUUCGUGCUGGAGUGCCUGGGACCAGGGGUGCCAACGUCGAACCUACACAAAAUAUCGCUCCCAGAGCCGAGAUUUUUGAUGCACCUCGAAAACAACACUUCAGUCAAGGAAAAGCUGUCUCUUGUAGCUAUGCCGACACCGCGUACAUUCUCCGUGCAACUGUCUAGUGGUAACACUGCAAGAGUGAGGCUUCUGCUGCCACCAGGCCUGAGAGAAGAUGAAGUCACAAAAUAUCCGCUAGUGAUGAAAGUGCAUGGAGCUCCAGGGACACAGUUAGUCACAGAGCAGUGGUCUUUAGACUGGGGCUCUUUGGCAGCUGGUGCUGGUGCUAUAUUAGCAUCGGUGGACGCCAGGGGGGCAGGCGGUCGCGGUUUAGCAGCACACCACACCUUACACAGGAGACUGGGAACUGUUGAGUUAGCUGACCAAUUAGAAGUAGCUGAGUACCUCCGUGACUCGCUGCAUUUCAUCGACGCACGAAGAGUCGCGGUAUGGGGUCGGGCACACGGUGGUUUCCUAGCUGCCUUAGCACUCGCAAGCACUAGUCCCCCCAGUGUCUUCCAUUGCGGUAUAUCUAUCACACCUAUAGUGCGUUGGCGGUAUUACGCAUCAGCAUACGCAGAACGUUACAUGGGGUUCCCAAACGCGACUGGUAACUACCGAGGGUACGCGGAUGCGGAUGUGACCAAGCAAGUGGCAGCACUCCACGACAAAAUGCUGCUAUUAGUUCACGGGACCGCUGACGACAAUGUUCAUAUGCAGCAAACAAUGGCGCUGGCGAGGGCUCUGUCGGACCAGGGCAGCACGUUUAGGCUUCAGAUAUACCCAGACGAGGAUCACAGUCUGGAGGGGGUCCGUCGCCACCUCUACCGUACGAUGUCCUCUUUCCUGGACGACUGCUUCAAGAAGCAGGUCCCGCCGGAGACUAAGGCCGGCUUGCGAAACGGCGGAAACCUCGACUGAGACUCGUGGAGGGAUGAGGAGUUGUACUCUUGGUAAUUGCAGAGAAGUAGAUAAAAACAAAGAUAAGACAAAAUCUGUAGUACAAUUUGUUCCAUAUCCCAUUAAAUAAUAAACUGCCAAAUGGACUGUUACACAUCAGUUUAUGUAUGUGAUACAUAGAUAUAAAGGAUAAAAUAUAGUGUGAUUGUAAGACUCUCGGCCGAAUACUGAAAAGGCGAUUAAAUGCAUUAAAAUACCUGUAAAAGGUAAACCUGGGGCCCGACAAAGGUUACCUUGGUUAGCUAUCGAAAACAAUCUGGUUUUAAGGUCACUAAGAUUUAAGAUUAACUAAUGCCUAGUGCCUAAACCCCCAUCCAUAUUUCUUUAUUUCACUACAAUUUCGCCCCUGACGUUUGUGAUUGUACAGUCUAAACUUGUAUCAGAAUAACCAGUUAGGGGUAUAGCAGUUAUAUAAAACCCGUACCACUCCUAAUCGGAUUCUACACGGUAUCGCACAAGAACGCUAAACCGCUUGGCGGCACGUCUAUAUCGUAGAUUACUUAGCACGGUUAAAUCAGAGGAAAUUCAGAAAAUAAAAAGUCCCAAAUUGCUACCUUUUGCCAUCGGUUAGCAAGAGAUAUGUCAAAAAUAAGUAAGGGGCAAGGCAAAACCGGCAGUUUUUAACGCUAGUUUCAUGUAUUUAAAUGCCAAUAAACAUCUCUUAAAACAUAAGGAUCUUGUUUCUAGUAUAACGUAACGUAAUUUCAUGUAACGCGUGAUACCUCUUUGUACAAUAACGAUGAAAAACUGCAUUUUAAAGAAACGCAGUGUUUAGGUUCUCUUUGUUAUUGAGAAUUUUGUAGUGAGAGCAAACCAAGGCAAAAAACCUAUCCGCAGUAAUUUGACCACCAAUUCACAACAUGCGCAAGAAAUUUAAUUAAUGCUGAUUGGCCAAAGUAAAACGAAGGCAACAGCGCACUUACAAGACGUCUUAUAAGACGUCUUGUAAGACGCUUUUCAGUAUUCGAGGCCAGAAAUAAAAAGACGUUUUUUGAACAGCGCUCUUUCAUCAACGUAUUCAUUACUAAUAGGCGUAUUUCAUAAAACUGUGAUGUAAAAUGAUAAUCUUACAUCAUUUCUCGUACAAAUAAAAACGAUUAUUCAUUAAAUUCAUGUUUCAUCCGUUAAUUAUUAUUAUUCUCCUGUAAUAUAUGGUUACAUGUCUUUGAAUAUUGUUUGGAGGCAAUAAACGCACAAUGUUGACCGGUAUCAUGAAAAACUUCCGUUGCCGAUCUUAGUUUUUUUUAUUUUUAUCUAAUACUAGUGUUUUAAACAAUUAAUUACUGAAUUUCACCAGCUUUUGAUAUGAUUUUAAUAGUAAU